GGGACCACUUCCUCUUUCUUCACUCUGAAGCCAAGAGCAGACCUGCUGAGCCCUCAAGAAAGAUCAGAACAGAUUCAUGGGUGAUUUAGCCUAUCUGUCCCAGGCCAGGGCGGCUGAGCGUGCUGGCUGGAGUCCUGUCUCUCUGCUUCGAGGGUAGCUGAGAUCCACCUUGGAAACUGGCAGGAUGAAGGGGGCAAGUGAGGAGAAGCUGGCAUCUGUGUCCAACCUGGUCACUGUGUUUGAGAAUAGCAGGACCCCAGAAGCAGCACCCAGAGGCCACAGGCUAGAGGACGCGCAUCACCGCCCUGAGUGCAGCCCUCCCGAGUCCCCAGGACCAUGGGAGAAGACGAAUGUCGGGGAGGCCGUGGGGUCUGAGCCCAGGACAGUCAGCAGGAGGUACCUGAACUCCCUGAAGAACAAGCUGUCCAGCGGAGCCUGGAGGAAAUCUUGCCAGCCUGUGACCCUCUCAGGAUUGGGGACGCAGGAGCAAGAGAAGAAGAUCGUCCGGGAGCUGCUGGAGACGGAGCAGGCCUAUGUGGCACGCCUCCACCUGCUGGACCAGGUGUUUUUCCAGGAGCUGCUGAGGACGGCCCACAGCAGCAAGGCCUUCCCGGAGGAUGUGGUCAGGGUCAUCUUCUCCAACAUCUCCUCCAUCUAUCAGUUCCAUUCUCAGUUCUUCCUCCCAGAGCUGCAGCGGCGCCUGGACGACUGGACAGCUAACCCCCGCAUCGGUGACGUGAUCCAGAAGCUGGCCCCCUUCCUGAAGAUGUACAGUGAGUAUGUCAAGAACUUUGAGCGAGCGGCUGAGCUGCUGGCCACCUGGACCGACAAGUCUCCACUCUUCCAGGAGGUUCUCACUCGCAUCCAGGGCAGCGAGGCUUCGGGCAGCCUGACCCUGCAGCACCACAUGCUGGAACCAGUGCAGAGAAUUCCACGCUACGAGCUGCUGCUCAAGGAGUACGUCCAGAAGCUGCCAGCCCAGGCCCCAGACCGGGCCGAUGCCCAGAAAGCCCUGGAUAUGAUCUUCUCAGCUGCCCAGCACUCCAAUGCAGCCAUCACUGAGAUGGAGCGGCUGCAGGACCUGUGGGAGGUGUACCAGCGCCUGGGCCUCGAGGACGACAUAGUAGACCCCUCUAACACCCUGCUCCGUGAGGGCCCGGUCCUCAAGAUCUCCUUCCGCCGCAACGACCCCAUGGAGCGCUACCUUUUCUUGUUCAACAACAUGCUGCUCUACUGUGUGCCCAGGGUGAUCCAGGUGAGUGCCCAGUUCCAGGUGAGGACCCGCAUCGAUGUGGCCGGGAUGAAGGUGCGGGAGCUGAUGGAUGCUGAGUUCCCCCACUCCUUCCUGGUGUCUGGGAAGCAGCGCACCCUGGAGCUGCAAGCCCGGUCGCAGGAGGAAAUGAUUUCCUGGAUGCAGGCCUUCCAAGCAGCCAUUGACCAAAUCGAGAAGCGGAAUGAAACCUUCAAGGCUGCGGCCCAGGGGCCUGAGGGAGACACCCAGGAGCAGGAGCUGCAGUCUGAGGAGCUGGGCCUCCGAGCACCGCAGUGGGUCCGGGACAAGAUGGUGACCAUGUGUAUGCGCUGCCAGGAACCCUUCAACGCUCUGACGCGCCGUCGCCACCACUGCCGGGCCUGCGGCUAUGUGGUGUGUGCCAGGUGCUCCGACUACCGGGCCGAGCUGAAAUACGACGACAACAGGCCCAACCGAGUCUGCCUCCACUGCUACACGUUCCUCACCGGAAACGUGCUGCCCGAGGCCAAGGAGGACAAGAGGCGGGGCAUCCUGGAGAAAGGGUCCUCGGCCAUGCCUGACCAGAGCCUGAUGUGCAGCUUCCUGCAGCUCAUUGGGGACAAGUGGGGCAAGAGCGGCCCCCGGGGCUGGUGUGUGAUCCCUCGGGAUGACCCCCUCGUGCUCUAUGUCUACGCUGCCCCUCAGGACAUGAGGGCUCACACCUCCAUCCCCCUGCUGGGCUACCAGGUGACCGUUGGGCCCCAGGGGGACCCUCGGGUCUUCCAGCUACAGCAGUCAGGCCAGCUGUACACCUUCAAGGCUGAGACGGAGGAGCUGAAGGGCCGCUGGGUGAAGGCGAUGGAGCGGGCAGCCAGUGGCUGGAGCCCCAGCUGGCCCAACGACGGGGACCUGUCCGACUGAGCCACUGCUAGCCGCUCUCCUGCCCACCUCUCCCCACCCUGAACCCAGCUCCUGCCACAGACUGACCCUUUGGCCUCAGUGACCCACUGCCCCAAGCGGUGCUUUCACAGAAUUGAUUCAGCCAUCUGCGCCCAGGCCACGUGUCCCGAUCUGGGAUUCAGAAAAUAUGGGUCCAUUCCUUUCUAGAAAGGGGACAACCAAGUGUCUCAGUUUGCCUUGCAGGGAGGGGGCUCCUGGGCCAUGAGACUUCCAGGGCUAAAACUGGGAAAGCCCCAGGUAACCCCGGACUGGUGGUCACCGUAGUGUGGUUUUUCAUUUGUAUCUCCUGCGGAGCUUUUAAAGAGUACAGUGAAAAACACAUAGUAAGUUAAUUUUAAAAAUGUAAAAAACAAUGCCUGUACUGAAGUACCACCACCGAUUUAAUUGGUCUGAGAUGGGGGAGGCAGGGGGUCUUUUUUUUUUUUUUUUUUUUUUUCUGAGACAGAGUCUUACUGUGUUGCCCAGGCUGGAGUGCACAAACAUGGUUCACUACAGCCUCGAUCUCCCGGGCUCCAGCGAUCCUUCCACCUCAGCCUCCCAAGUAGCUGGGACUAUAGGUGUGUGCCACUGUGCCAAGCUAAUUUUUUUAUUUUUUGUAGAGAUGGGAUUUCACCAUGUUACUCAGGCUGGUCUAAAACUCCUGGCCUCAAGCGAUGCUCGCACCUCCACCUCCCAAAGCGCUGGGAUUACAGGCGUGAGCCACCAUACCUGGCGCAUGCAUAUUUUUUAAGAGUACCCACUGGAGUCUAAUAUAUAGCCUGGGUUAGCUGGGGUGAAGAAUAAAGAGAGCAAACUACCGCAACCAAUGGUUGAGCCCCUGUCUAGUGCCAGUCAUGAUAGUAGUAAUAAUAAUAACAAUAAACAUCUAUUGGGCCAGGCUCUGUGCAA